AUGAGCUCGCAGCGUUAUCAACGGGUAAACGCCCAUGACGAAGAUGAUCCAAAUCAUUACCCGUCGAAUCCGUCCCGAUCGAACUCGCACCUCGCUCCAUCCUCUCCACCUCCCUCGUUCCACUCUCGUUCCUCUUCGCCUUCAUCCAGACGUCUUUUAAACGAUGACUCUCGCCGGGCCGACGAUACGGACCAGACCCUUGCCGAUGCGUUCGACGAUGGGAGCGACUCGGAGGUGGAGAAUGAGCCUGACGAUAGACAGCGCUUAAUGCGGGCGAACCCUGAGCCGCGGGCUUUUGCCGGUGGUAGCGACUACAACAACGAUGACAAUGGAAACGGUAAUGCCGCUGCGUCUUCGUCGAGCCAAGGGGGAGGACAAGGGCAGCAGGAUCAAACACAGCAACAGGGUCGAGGGAUCUUUAGAAGACUGACUAUCCUUCCGUCGUUCACGCCUUCGUCUUCCGCGCCGGGUCGCGUGAUCGGAUCGAACGACGGUGUGUUUGCGAAUCUGGCGGCUAAGCCGGAGCGGGGUGAGAAGAAUGAGGAUUUGCCUCCGUCCUACGAAGAAGCAGCCGCCGAUGCGACUCCGCCGUACUGGGAAACUACGAUUUUGGCGCCAGGCAUCUCGUCCGAUGAGGUGUUCGUGGAUGGACUGCCGGUUGGGUCGAUCUUCUCCUUUGUCUGGAACGCCAUGAUUUCUAUGUCUUUCCAACUGGUCGGAUUCCUCCUCACCUACCUCUUACACACUACACACGCAGCGAAGAACGGAAGCAGAGCUGGUCUCGGUCUUACUCUCGUGCAGUAUGGAUUCUACAUGAAAGGCGGAAGCGAUCCGAAACCGGAUGAUGGUGGUGAUGCGGACCAAUAUGUCAACCCCCCAGACCCAAACAGCCAUAAUUUUGACCCCGAUGCAGUAACAGACGGUGGCGCUGGUGGCGAUGGCAACGGUGCUAUGUCUGCUAUUAGUACUAGCGAGUGGAUCUCCUACAUCUUGAUGAUCGUCGGUUGGUUUAUCCUGAUUCGCGCCAUCAGUGACUUCUUGCGGGCCCGACGCCACGAGCAGAUUGUAUUACAGAGUCCUGACCGUGGACUCGGCAUUCCGGUCAUUGCGGAGGGUGAGAGAGCAGAGACGGUGGUUUGA